UUGCUAGAAAAGAGCGGCAAGCCGACUAGCCAGACGCAAUCCGUGCUCGCGACGGCGGACGGUAUUUUCGACAUGAAGGGUCCAGUGGUGGACUUCCACAAAGGCAGUCGCACAACCGCAAUGUUUUUCGAUGGCAAUACAUCCUUCAAGUGGACUUACAUGUCUACUCCGGCGCUGUAUCGACCUGGACCGCGGACAGGGUCGUACCACGUCUCCUUUGAAAUUCUUCCUGUCAAGCCGAGGGAACCGAACCUAACUGCUGUGGGGGGUGAUCUUGCAACUUUCGAAGGGCGUCUGCACGGCAUCUCUCUAUCUGACAUGGCGGUGGCUGUUGCGGAGGAGGCAGAAGGACAGACCAAGGGUUGGAAGCAUUGGUGCCCCUUUGUUCCCGAUCUUGAUGAAGAGGGAGGCCCUGUGUAUGCGAAGAUUGAAGAUUCCGUCAAAUAG